UAAAUCAAAAAAAAAAAUUAAAAAAUUAAAAAAUUUAAAAAAAAUAUAUAAAAAAAAAAAAAAAAAAAAUUUUAAUUUACACAACAUUUAAAUUAUUUAUAAUAAUUAUAUUAUUGUAAAAUCUAUUUUUUUAUUAUUUAUUAUAAUUUUUUAUUUAUUUUUUAUUAAAAAAAUAAAAACAACUAUGGAUGAUUUACCAUCAGAAACAUUAGUUCUCAUACUAAAGAAUUUAAAAAUCAACGAUUUAUUAUCAACAAGCAGGGUUUCAAAAUUCUUUUACUCAUUAUCGUCCGAUGAUAGACUAUGGAAAGAUUUAUUUUUACAAAGAUUUUGCAACUCAUCCAUCAUAGAUAAUGAAAGGGAAUUAAAUAAUUUAAGAGUUGAAUUAAUAAGAAAAACUGGAUUAUAUAAUAAUAGUAGUAAUAGUAAUCAUAGUAGUCCCAAUUAUAAUAAUAAUAAUAAUAAUAAUAAUAAUAAUAAUAAUAAUAAUAAUAAUAAUAAUAGUCACCCACCCUCACCAAAUGAUAAUAACCAGAUAACAAUCAAUACAAGCUCAAAUUCAAAUUUAAACUCAAGCAAUAAUAAUAAUAUUGAAACCUACGAUGAUAUAUUAAAUAAAAUUUACCAAAGGGUUAAUUAUUUUCAAGUAAAGGUACUAUUGGGUUAUCAAAAGAGAAUUAAUGGAUGGAAGAGUUUUUAUAGAAGACAUGUAUUAUUACUUUUAAGCAAAGGUUUAGUGGACUCCAUACAAAAUGGAGAUAGCAAACUAACAGAUCAUCUCCUUUCUAUUGAUCUAUUAAAAUAUAACAACACAUUCUCCACUGCUGCAGAGCUUGUGACAAAAAAUAACCAACCAGAAUACUUGGAUAAAAUUUUAAAAGUAUUUCCUGUUGAUGGUAUUCUAAAAGAUUUUUACCUCAAUCCAUAUAUGAGAUUAAUUACGAAAGCAGUACAAAAAAACUCAAUAGCAUGUGCAAAACUAUUAUUAAAUCAUGGUGCCGACAUCACCUAUUCAAACACUGGUGUUCUUUUAAUGGGUUCAAAAAACAGAUCAUUUACAUUAAAUGGAGAGUUUGGUAAUAAGCCUGUGGGUACUUUUCAAAAACUUUGCCCAAAUAAUAAUGAGCUAUCUCAUUACUUUUUAGAUGCUCUUUUAUCACAGGUUGUAUUCUUUAUCUGUGUACACUCCGGAAAUGAAAUGACUUUACAGGAGUAUAUUAAAUCAAAUAGAGCACCUGUAUUUUCAAAUAAAAGAACUGGUAUAUGGGACUCUGGUUUUCAGGUUUUAAGGUUUUCAGGUCUAUUUAGUGAAUACAACUAUGGGUAUAACACAUUCAUACCAUAUAGAUACAGCCGUUUAAAUAGUAACAAUAGUACACCAACUCUUGGCGGAGUUAAUACCAAUCAAAAUAAUAAUCAAAACAAUAAUAGCAGCAAUAAUAAUGGAAAUCAAAAUGAUAACUAUGAAUUUAUUAAUCACAAUCACCAUAGCUCAAUAGGUAGUAAUGAUGGUGAUGAUCAAGUUUCAAUAGAAAAUCGGACCAAAAUUAAAUUUUCACAAUUCAAAAUGAUAGAAAAAACAUUAUCACAAAUUACAGUCGAUUGGUCAUCAGAAUAUUGCUCUUAUACCCCUCUUCAUUGGUCUGCAAAAGGUGGCUAUAUAAAUAAUAUAAAAACACUAAUAAAAAUGGGUGCUGAUAUACACGCCCAAACAGCCUCAGGAAAAACGGUCUUAGAUAUCGCCAGAGAGAAUAAUAGGGAAAACUGUAUUCCAUUCUUAGAAAAUCAAAUGUCAAAACUAAUAAAUAUAGGAAAAUUCGAGCCACUAUUUAGACUGAUUGAGGAUGGUGACGUAAUUGGCUCAAUUAAAUUUAUAUCAACGUUUAUGUUUGAAAAGCAGAUAAAAUAUUUAGAAAAACCAAUAGUUUCGAAACUAAUAACCCAUUCAAUAGAAAACAAUCAACCAAAAAUUAUGUCUGCUCUAUUACCAUGUUGCUCAUCUUCAAGUGAUGUAGAUGGUAAUAGCCCAACUCACUAUUCUGCUGCCUUGGGAAGGUUAGAAUGUUUAGAGGUCGCCAUUAUUAAUGACGAUAUAAACAAAGUUAACAAAUGCUACCAAACACCUUUGAUUCUUGCAACUAUGAAUGGCCACACACAUAUUGUUAAAUAUUUAUUAGAAAUUGGUGCAAACGUUGAUACACCAGAUUGGCAACUAAAUACCGCGCUACACUAUGCAUCCCCAUUUCCAGAAAUUGUCUCAUUAUUAUUAAAGUAUAAUGCUGAUACUCUUCAAAUAAACUAUCUUUACAAAAAUAGUAUCCACUGUGCAGUUGAAAUAUCAUCAAAUAAUAAUCUGGCCCAAAGAUGUAAUAGUUUAAAACAACUCUUAAAUUCAAUCGAUGAUAAAAAUCAAAUUAACAAUCCGGAUAUAUUUGGAAACACAGCUUUAAUUUUAACCCAAUAUCACGACUAUUUAAAUGACUCUGGAAAUAAUAUCAACCAUUCAAGUGAUGAAAUGUCAAACAUUAUAUUAACUGAAUUACAAAAUAAUCAUCUAUCAGCAAUUACAUCAAAGACUAAUAUUUUAAAUUUAUCUUUUGAAGAUUUCAAUCUUAUUUCAAAAAAAUCACCAAUCGAAUUAGAGGAAUAUUUAUCAUCCACAAACCCAUUAAAACCCACAGUAGCUAUGUUAGUAAUUUCAAAAUUAGAUGGCAAUAUAUCUUUAGAAACUUUUGAUAAAUUAAAACUACAACACCACCUAAUGUUAGAAAGCUAUUUCAAAAAACUAAAAUUCUUAAAUUGCUACAGCCAAAUGGUGCAUAUAUUUAAUAAUAAUGUUGACUCUAUCCAAUCCAUUUUAAACACAAUAUCACAAUAUCAAUUAAAAUCAUUUUCAUAUGACUCUUGGGAAAAGAUUUUUUCAAAUUAUUUAACUGUUAAUAGAUUUGAAAUACCCACCUUUAUUCUAAGCAACUUAAAUAACUAUAUGAACUCUACAACAUAUAUUGAUAGGUUCCAAGGAUUCAUUGUAAAUAGUUUGCUACACUCACCAGCAAUACCAGAAAAAUAUUGCAGAAGCCUAUUAGCGCCAUAUAGAAAUAGAUUAGAUACAUCAACCUAUACAAAUGCAAUUGCCUAUGAUAAUGUUGUCAUGUUAAAAUCAAUUAUAAUAAGAGAUGAUUCAGAGGGCGAUAGUGAUGGAAAUAAUAGCCCACCUAGUGAAACUCCACCACACGAUGAAUACCUAUUAAAAUCGUUUGAAUUCUUUCAUCUACCAUUACCAAUCUAUUGGAUUUUUUCAAGAGCUGUUAAAAAUGGAGCAAUCAAAUGUUGUAGAUUCCUUUCAGAUAUAUUAUUCAAAAAAUCAUUAGAUACCAACUAUACCCAUUCACUUUUAAUCAAUGCACCAGAAUUAAGGGGAAUUAAAAAUCGCUCAAAUAUAAUUAAUAUACUAUCACAUUUCGAUAGCAAUUCAAUCAUUAAGGCACUUCAAGAUCAUCCAUCAUCACCAAAUGGAAAUGCAUAUUUAGACACAAACAGCUCAAGUAAUAAUAACCAUAGCUCCGGUGUACCAAUAGAAAUUGACUAUCAUAAAUUUUCAGAACUACACCCUGUCGAAUCAUCCGAGCGUCAUCAAUGUGAAUAUUGUGGAAUUAAAGAUAUUAUCGAUUUAGAAGAUCAUUUAUUAAUAUGCCUAAAUGCCAAAUACCCAUGCCCAAAUAAAAUAAAUGGAUGUUCAGAAUCACCAAUGACCAAAUCCCAACUCUUAAAUCAUCUAAACAAAUAUUGUCAAUAUUUACAUUGUUCUCAAUGCGACUCUAUGUUUAACAGAGUUGAUUUCAUCGAUCAUCUCCUUACCCACGAUUCAGACACAUGGGAAAUUUGCUCGCUAUGUAAUCAAAUGCUAAAAGGUUUUUCGUCAUGUUAUAAAAGCGAUAUUAUACAUAUUAGAGACUCAUCACUACCAAACAGUAACUCUGCAUCCAAAAAUAAUCAUCAAAAACCUAAUCACCUAUUAAGUUCUGAAUAUGAACAUUUAAAAACUUGUAAAAAUCACUAUAUCAAAUGUCAUUGCUGUAAAAUAACUCUUCACAUAUCAGAAUUAAAAGAACAUAAAUGUUUAGUAGUUUCAAAAUUACCCAUAUUUAGAAAUCUUUUAAAUAUCCAAAAUAAUAAUUUGAUUGAUUUAAUUUAAUAGAAAAUAAAACCCAAAAAUUAAAAGGAAAUUGAAAUUAUAAAAAAAAAUUGUAAAAAAUUAUAACGAUAAUAAAAAUAAUAAUAAUAAAAAAAUUAUAAAAAAUCAUAACGAUAAUAAAAAUAAUAAAAAUAAUAAAAAUAAUAAAAAUAAAACAUUAAUAAUCAAAAACAAUCAAAAUCAAAAUCAAAAUCAAAAUCAAAAUAAUAAAUAAUAAAUAAUAAAUAAUAAAAUAAUAAAAUAAAAUAAUAAAAUAACAAUAAAAAAAUAAAACAAAUAAUUAAUUAUAAUAAAAAUAAAUAAAAUAAUUUUUAAAAAUAAAUAAUUAAAAUAAUUAUAAUAAAUAUAAAUAAUAAAUAAAAUAAAAAAAUAAUAAUAAUAAUUUUAUUAUUAUUUAAUUUAAAUUUAAAAAUCAAAAACUAUCAGUAUAAUAAAUAUAUUAAUAUUUGUUUUUUACUAUUAAUAUAUUUUUACUAUAUUAAUAAUUUAUAUUAAUUAUAAAAAAAUUAAAAAUUAAAAAAUAAAAAUAAAAAAUAAAAUAAAUAAAAUUAAAAAAUUUAAAAAUGGGU